AUGGCGAUGAAAGGAUCGGCAGCGAGGAAUGGGCUUUCGAAGAUCCAAACGCACAACGACAGCAGCAACAAGGACGGGAUCUGUCACGACGAUAGCUCUCCAACGGUGAAGGCUCAGACCAUUGACGAGCUCCACUCGCUUCAGAAGAAGAGAUCCACGCCCAACACUCCUAUUAAAGGGAACCAGGGUACCGCCUUCGGUACCAUCUCUGAAGAGGAGCGCCAGAAACAGCAGCUUCAGUCCAUCAGUGCAUCGUUAGCGUCGAUAAAGAGGGAGACUGGACCAAAGGUGGUGAGAGGUGACCCGGCUACUAGAACCACCCAGGUCCCAAAGGUUUCACCCGUGGAGUACCAUGUACCCACCAUAGUCGUCACUGACAGCUCUCUGAAGUUCACUCAUGUUCUCUAUAACCUAUCUCCAGCUGAGCUCUAUGAGCAGGCCAUUAAGUACGAGAAAGGGUCUUUCAUAGCUUCAAGUGGUGCCUUAGCGACCCUUUCUGGGGCUAAGACUGGUCGGGCUCCAAGAGAUAAGCGUGUUGUCAAGGAUGAGCAGACUGAGAAGGAGCUUUGGUGGGGAAAGGGAUCUCCCAACAUUGAAAUGGACGAGCAUACGUUCUUGGUGAACAGGGAAAGAGCUGUUGAUUACUUGAAUUCCUUGGACAAGGUCUUUGUGAACGAUCAAUUCCUAAAUUGGGAACCAGAGAACAGAAUCAAAGUUCGGAUUGUCUCUGCAAGAGCUUACCAUUCAUUGUUCAUGCAUAACAUGUGUAUCCGACCCACUCCUGAAGAGCUGGAGAACUUUGGUGAUCCGGACUUCACUAUUUACAAUGCUGGACAGUUCCCGUGUAAUCGAUAUACUCAUUAUAUGACAUCCUCUACUAGCAUAGAUCUUAAUCUUGCUAGGAGGGAAAUGGUCAUCCUCGGUACUCAGUAUGCCGGGGAAAUGAAGAAGGGUCUAUUCGGUGUCAUGCAUUAUCUCAUGCCUAAGCGUCAAAUUCUAUCCCUUCAUUCUGGCUGCAAUAUGGGAAAAGAUGGAGAUGUUGCCCUCUUCUUUGGUUUGUCAGGUACUGGCAAGACAACUCUGUCUACUGAUCACAAUAGAUACCUAAUCGGAGAUGACGAACACUGCUGGAGUGAUAAUGGUGUCUCAAAUAUCGAAGGGGGAUGCUAUGCCAAAUGUAUUGAUCUCUCGAGGGAAAAAGAGCCCGACAUCUGGAACGCUAUCAAGUUUGGAACUGUGCUGGAGAAUGUGGUGUUCGAUGAGCAUACCCGAGAAGUUGAUUACAUUGAUAGAUCUGUCACAGAGAAUACUCGAGCAGCCUAUCCCAUUGAGUACAUUCCGAAUGCAAAGAUACCCUGUGUCGGUCCCCACCCGAAGAAUGUGAUUCUUUUGGCGUGCGAUGCAUUCGGUGUCCUCCCUCCAGUCAGCAAGCUGAGCCUUGCACAAACCAUGUACCACUUCAUCAGUGGGUACACAGCUCUGGUGGCUGGCACAGAAGAUGGCAUAAAAGAGCCACAGGCAACAUUCUCAGCUUGCUUUGGUGCGGCAUUUAUAAUGAUGCAUCCUACCAAGUAUGCUGCAAUGCUGGCAGAGAAAAUGCAGAAACAUGGUGCGACAGGAUGGCUCGUCAACACUGGAUGGUCAAGCGGAAGUUAUGGUCGUGGGAGCCGUAUCAAGUUAGCUUACACUAGGAAAAUCAUUGAUGCCAUUCACUCUGGAAGCCUCCUGAAUGCUGAGUACCACAAAACAGGAGUGUUUGGGCUUGAGAUCCCCACUGAGGUUGAGGGGGUGCCUUCUGAAAUCCUUGAUCCCAUCAACACUUGGUCAGACAAGCAAGCUCACAAGGAUACUCUGUUGAAACUGGCUGGGUUGUUCCGGAACAACUUUGAAACUUUCACCAACUACAAGAUUGGUGAGGACAACAAGCUCACUGAGGAGAUUGUCGCAGCUGGUCCGAUAUUCUGAUGGGGUGGUGUUGCAGAGCCGAAUGAUAAUAUAUUGUUGGAAGUUUAAGGGAAUUAUAUGGAAAUAAAAUUAAUGAUGUAUGUGGACAAUUCUUAAGUUAUAUGUAGGACAAUUCUUAAUUGAAGUUUCAGAGAACCAGUUUUCAAUUAUUUAUA